UCCCUCUCUUUCCACACAAUUUGGUGUUCAAUUCUGCAUACCCUCCAAUUCAAGAAACCCUACACAUAUCCUCUUCUUAGUACCCAUGAAACCAAUAUUGCUUUCACACUCUUAGAUUCUUAUAUGAUCUCUGGUUUAAUUUCCCUUAGUUGUUUAUAUUGUUGAAGUGAAAAGAUCAUCAUAAUCAGGUGGGGAAGAUGAGAACAGGAGGGUGUACAGUGCAGCAAACUCUAACACCGGAGGCCGCAACCGUGGUGAAACAAGCCAUGGCGCUUGCUAGGCGGCGCGGCCAUGCUCAGGUGACGCCUCUUCACGUAGCGAACACCAUGCUUGCUUCUCCUACCGGCCUGCUUCGAAGAGCUUGCCUGCAAUCCCACUCUCACCCUCUCCAAUGCAAAGCUUUGGAGCUUUGCUUCAAUGUUGCACUUAACCGCCUCCCUGCUUCCUCUUCUAGCCCCAUGUUCGGGCCUCAGUCGCAGAGCCCCUCCAUUUCCAACGCCCUCGUGGCGGCCUUCAAGCGCGCCCAGGCGCACCAGAGACGAGGGUCGAUAGAGAAUCAGCAGCAGCCGAUUCUGGCGGUGAAGAUCGAGCUGGAGCAGUUGAUCAUCUCCAUUUUGGAUGAUCCUAGUGUGAGUAGGGUGAUGAGGGAGGCUGGGUUUUCUAGUAUUCAGGUUAAGAGUAAUGUUGAGCAAGCAGUUUCUCUAGAACUGCAGUCUUCUCCUUCAAACCCUAAAGAAAAAAACACUAACACCACCUGCAGCCUGUUUCUUUCCCAGUCUUCUCCAUCAUCUCCUCAGACUAAAGUAAUCCCAUCAUCCCUAAUAUUAGCUAAGCAUGAAGAUGUGAUGAGUGUAGUGAACAGUAUGAUGAACAGAAAGAGGAGGAGUAUUGUGGUGGUGGGUGAGUGCCUUCCCAGCUUAGAAGCUGUGGUCAAAGGAGUGAGAGAGAAAGUUGACAAUGGAGAUGUGGGUGAGCCUCUGAAACAACUCAAGUUCAUCACUGUCCCUCUUUCUGCCUUUGCCAAUAACAGGAGAGAAGAGGUUGAACAAAAGAUUGGGGAACUAACUUGCCUUGUUAAGAGUUUAGUGUCAAAAGGAGUUGUUUUGUACCUGGGAGAUCUCAAAUGGAUCACUGAUUAUAAGGCUAGUUCUAGCAGUUCUGGCAGCCAUAGCCGAAUCGGGUGUUACUGUUCUGUGGAGCAUAUGAUCAUGGAGAUUGGGAGACUAAUCUGCAGUUUUGGUGAGCAUGGAAUGCUUUGGCUUCUGGGAAUUGCAACUUUUCAGACUUUCAUGAGGUGCAAAACUGGGCACCACUCAUUGGAGUCUGUUUGGGGCCUGCAUCCUACCACUGUGCCUGCUGGAAGUCUGGGCUUGAGCCUCAAUCCUGCUGAUAAUGAAAGUGAUCCCAUUGCUGAACACAGAAACAAGAAAUCAGAAAAUGGAUCUUCUUGGAUGGUUCUUGAAAAUGGUGAUGAUGAUAAUAAUGAGGAGAAGCAGCUAAACUGUUGUGCUGAUUGUUCAGCCAAGUUUGAAGUUGAAGCUUUGAGCUUACAGAAAACCAAUUCUAUGAGUGAAUCCACAUUGUCUAGCCUCCCUCCUUGGCUCAGAGAUGAAAGUAGAAGGCUCCAUAGCAGCACUCAUGAUCAGAAGUGUGUUUCAGUGAAAGAGCUGUGCAAGAAAUGGAAUUCGAUUUGCAGUUCAGAACACAAACCAUUACUAGAGAGAAACUUAACCUUCCCACCGCCAUCAUCGUCUUCUUCUUUCUUCUCAUACGAUCAACAAUACCCUAGUUUGAGAAUGUACAUUCCUGAGAAUAUGAAUCCUGCAAGAACAGCAUUCUGGGUUAAUCCCAAUUCCAAUUCUACCCCGGCUUCUUCAAGCGAAAUCAUGGAAACCGAAUACUACGUCCCAAAGUUCAAGGAGCUGAGCGCGGAGAAUCUGAACAUUCUGUGCAACGCAUUGGAGGAAAAGGUGCCGUGGCAGAAGGACAUCAUCGCGGAAAUCGCGGGGACGGUCUUGCAGUGCCGGUCGGGGAUGGUGAGGAGAAGGGAGAAAUCAAGAAACGGCGGCCAUGACGACGUGAAAGAAGAGACGUGGCUGUUCUUCAAAGGCGGCGAUGUCCAGGCGAAGGAGAAGAUAGCGAGAGAGCUAGCUAAGACGGUGUUUGGGUCUCCCUCCAAACUCGUCUCCAUCGCCCUGAGCAGCUUCUCAUCCUCGGCGGAGGAUUUAUUCCGGCAUAAGAGAACGAGAGACGAGCAGAGCUGCAGCUAUAUCGAGAGGUUUUCUCAGGCGGUUUCGGCGAACCCCCACCGCGUUUUCAUGGUGGAAGAUGUUGAGCAAGUGGACUACUGUUCCCAACUUCAACUCAAACGGGCAAUCCAGACAGGAAAGAUAAGCAGCAGCUUCAAUGGCGGCGAGGACGUGAGUUUCAGAGACGCCAUUAUCAUCUUGAGCUGCGAGAGCUUCACCUCGCGGUCCAGAGCAUGCUCCCCGCCUGUUAAGCAGAAAUCCUCGUCGGAUAAUUUGUCGUCGGAAAACGCGUUGUCCGGCGGUGAGGAAACCACGAGUUCUUGCGGGUUCUUGGACUUGAAUAUCUCCAUUAAUGACGAUCAUGAAAGGUCGGUUGAAGAAGAUGACGGGGUUGAUAACUUAGGGCUUGUUGAAAGCGUUGAUAGUUGCGUUACCUUCAAAAUCCAGAAUCAUCAUGAGGAAGAAGAUAUAAUCUUUGUAUGAUAUAUUAUGAUUCAUAUGUUCACAAGUUUUUGUUACAUUUUCUUCAUUCUUGUCCAUCUUCAGAACAACAUCAACUGUACGUACUGGAUGGAGUUUUUCUACAAAUCCGUAUAGCUAAAAUAUGGACCCAAAAAUGGAGGAAAAUAUCAACAAGCUAAGUAAUUUGAACAACCUAAGUGUAUUAUUAUUAUUA